AUGAGCCACUUCACAAACGUCGUCGGUGGUGUAUUCAAAUUCUCCGAUGGCCACGAAAUGCCAAAAGUUGGAUUAGGAAUCUCCAGAAUCGAAACACAAGAAGCACUAGAUGUCUCUGUUGAAGCCGCGUUGAAGUCUGGAUAUCGUCUUUUCGAUACGGCGAAUUUGUACAAAAAUGAGCUCUUCCUUGGGAUUUCUUUGAAAAAAUACCUCCCAGUCUUUGGUCUCACCCGAGAAGAUGUUUUCAUCACUACGAAAGUUCGCACAUUAAAUGAAAACACAGUGGAGGAAGUGGAAAAACAACUGGCCAAUUCGCUGGCCACACUUCAGACCGACUACAUCGAUCUCCUUCUGGUUCAUUAUCCACGCGACCGUGACACUGGAAAUGAUGACGAUUAUGAAGUGAACAAGAGUAGAAGGAAGAUAGUGUGGCAGACACUUGAAAAGGCAAAAGACUCCGGAAAACUUCGCUCAAUCGGAGUAUCCAACUACGAAGUCUACCAUCUUGUGGAAAUGUUUCAAUACGCCAAACACCGUCCGGUCCUCAAUCAAUACGAAUAUCAACCAUAUCUGACUCGUCCGACACUCAAAAAGUACUGUGAUUUGAACAAUAUCGUCGUUCAAUCCUACUCUUCUCUCUGUUGGGGAGAUCAAAACAUUCUCCAAGAGGAUAUUAUCAUCCAACUCUGCCAGAAGUACAAUCAAACACCACAAGCUAUUCUGUAUGCCUUCGCAUACUGUAGCAACACCUCUAUGAUUCCAAAAUCUGCGACACCUUCGAGGAUUCAUGACAACUUACACAAUACAAUCAAAAUUCAACUUACUGACGAGGAUCUGAAGUCACUUCGUGCACUCGACAAAGGAAAGUCAUUCCUACCAAUCGGUCAGACAUGGAGAUCAUUCCGAUCUCGUGGCAAUUGGGUUCGUUUUCGAGAGUAUUUGGCACCAAUGCUCUCGCCAAUAGAAGGGAUUGAGUCCCUAGUGUUGAUCAAGAUCAUAUUUUUGACGUCAACACCGGUGGACUCCAGGAUCAAACGGAUUCUCGGCCGUCGAGGCGCUUACCAUCUGGAUGACCGGAUUGUGCUCUUCGAGAAAUUGUGA